AUGAACAGAGAUGUCCAUGGAAUCGGUAAUGGGACAAUUGUACAAGGAUUCAUCUUGGAGGGGUUUCCUGCUGUCUAGCACCUGGGGAAGGUCCUCUUCCUGGUGCACCUGCUGGCAUACCUGGCAGCUCUUGGCAGUGUCGUCAUAGUGAGCAUCACCUGUGCUGACUCCCGUCUCCAUACACCCAUGUACUUUUGCCUCAGCAUUUUCUCCUUCUUGGAGUGCUCCUGCAUGACUGCUGCUAAUCCCAAAUUGUUGGUCAUAUUUCUUUUAGGCAAACAAAAGAUUUCCUUUGUUGCCUGUUUCAUACAAGCUUCUGUCUUUGUAUUUCUGGGAGCAGUAGCUUUCCUCCUCCUAGCAGUGAUGUCUCUGGACCGGUAUGUGGCCAUUUGCAGGCCUCUGCGUUACCCGACCAUCAUGAACCUGAGGACUUGUUUCCUGCCUGGUCACUUCCUCCUGGUCUCUGGGCUUCAGUCUCAUCACUGGUCUGGUGGUGAAAGUCUCCCAGUUAUAAUUCUAUGCCCCCAUGUCAUCCCUCACUUCUGUGGCCCUUUGCCUCUGACCCACCUCUCCUAUUCUGACAUCAGGCCUGUUGAAAUGUCGACCUUUGUCUUUGCUUCGUUCAUCCUUUCGAAAUUCCUUAUCAAAACCGUCGCUGCAUACAGCAACAUAGUAGUGAUGAUGGUGCAUCUUCCACCAGCCAAGGGGCCACAGAAAGCUUUCCCUACCUACUCAUCUUACCUCAUUGUCUUCCUUCUCACGUGCAGCAGCUGUGUUUUUAUAUAUGUGAAACCUAAGCAGAAAUACAGGCUGGACUCCAACAGGGAAGCUGUGCUUGUGAACUCAGUGGUGACCCUGCUGCUGAAUCCUGUCAUCGUCACUCUACGGAAUAAGCAGGUCCAUCAGGCUCUGAAGAAGACAAUGUGUAGAAUGAAAAAAUACCAGGAUAAAACAAUCACAUGGUCUUGGAAUGGAAGGCUUCAGAAAACCACUGGUCUUCAUUCUGGUCAAUGUAAUAGUUCACAGAGUUCCUAG